CUGAGGACUUGACGGUGUUUGUGAAACUUGAGUUAAUAUUUACCGGUUAGCAUGAGGCUAGCUGCUAGCUGCUAGCUGUGUAGCUAACAUUAGCCUCGGUGUGUGAGGUUUAAGGUCCACCCUCAGAGUCGGAGAUUUGAGCACCGGCAGCACUAACAGCAGCCCGUUAGCUCGCCGGGCUCAGUCCGUCAUCAUGGGAGACUUUACCGGAGUCACCGGGGACCUGAACGCCGACCCGGGGACUCAGAGUACCGGCGACCCGCAGCUGGACCAGGCGGUGCUCCGGUGGCUCACCUGGGACCAGAACCGGCGAACCCGGGCCCAGGUGGAGUCUCUGGUGGCGGCGGGUCGUCUGGAGGAUCUGAGGACGAGACUCGGCAGCAGGAUGAGCUUCGGCACGGCGGGACUUAGAGCGCCGAUGGGAGCCGGAUUCAACCGGAUCAACGACCUCACCGUCAUCCAGUCCACCCAGGGCUUAUACUCGUACCUGUGCAGGUGUUCUUCAGACUUCAGCAGCAGAGGACUGGUUGUUGGCUUUGACAACAGAGGUCAGGAGGAGAGCGGCUGCAGCAGUCAGAGGUUGGCGAAGUUGACGGCCGCUGUGAUGCUAACCAGAGGCAUUCCCGUUCAUCUUUUCUCCACGUUCGUCCCGACGCCAUAUGUGCCGUACGCGUUGAAGAAGCUCGGCGCCGCCGCCGGAGUGAUGAUCACCGCCUCUCACAAUCCUAAAGAAGACAACGGAUACAAGGUGUACUGGUGUAACGGUGCUCAGAUCUCCUCGCCUCACGACAAGGAGAUCCUGCAGAGUAUCGAGGAGCAGCUGGAGCCCUGGAGCGCCUCCUGCUGGGAGGAGGAGCUGGUGGAGAGCUGCUCCCUGAGGACCGACCCCCUGACCCAGAUCAACCGCUGCUACAUGGACGAGCUCACCUCCCUCUGCUUCCACAGGGAUCUGAACAGAAGCUGUCCGUUGAAGUUCGUCCACUCGUCGUUCCACGGCGUCGGACACGUCUUCGUCCAGCAGGCCUUCCACGCCUUUGGCUUCAGUCCGCCCAUCCCCGUCCCCGAGCAGAAAGACCCCGACCCCAACUUCUCCUCGGUUCGCUGUCCCAACCCCGAGGAGGGGGAGUCGGUCCUGGAGCUCUCUCUUCUUCUGGCAGAGCGGGAAAACGCUCGCAUCGUCCUGGCGACGGAUCCCGACGCCGACCGGCUGGCUGUCGCAGAGAAGUCUGACGGGUGCGGUUGGAAGGUGUUCACCGGUAACGAGCUGGCGGCUCUGUUGGGUUGGUGGAUGUUCUUCAACUGGAAGGAGGCUCAUCCAGAUCCUGCAGACACUCAGAGGGUCUACAUGUUGGCCACCACAGUGUCCUCCAAGAUCCUGCAGGCCUUCGCUCGCAUCGAGGGGUUCCACUUCGAGGAAACUCUUCCUGGGUUUAAGUGGAUCGGGAACAGAAUACACGAACUCUCCAAAACAGGAAACAGCGUCAUAUUCGCCUUCGAGGAGUCAAUAGGGUUCCUGUGUGGCAGUCUGGUUCCUGAGAAAGACGGCGUGAGCUCGGCGGCGGUCGUGGCUGAACUGACUUCUUACCUCCACAACAAGAACCUGAGUCUGAAGCAGCAGCUGCACAACAUCUACCAGACGUACGGUCACCACGUGUCCAAAACCUCGUACGUCAUCUGUGACAACCCCCAAACCAUCGCGAGGAUCUUCUGCCGCAUCAGAAACUUCGACGGUGAAGCUUCGUACCCGAAGACGUGCGGCGGCGUCCGGAUCGACCACGUCAGAGACGUUACCACGGGAUACGACAGCAGCCGGCCCGACCUCCGAUCAGUACUUCCUGUGACGAGGAGCAGUCACAUGAUCACCUUCACUCUCCAGAACGGCGUCGUGGCGACGCUGAGGACCAGCGGAACCGAACCCAAAAUCAAAUACUAUACAGAGUACUGCGCCGCACCGGGGAACAGCGAGGCGUCCCGUCUGGAGGACGAGCUGGAGAAGAUCACCGCCGCCCUGCUGGACGAGUUCCUGGAGCCGGAGAGGAACCGCCUGAUUCGCCGCUGCGACUAGCUCCGCCUCCCCCGCUGCUGUUUUCCUGUCGAUGAUGUCACAUCCUGUCGUGUUCGUAGACGAAUCAGAGCAGCCCGCUGCUCCUCCCUGUGGUGUCGAUCAAUAUCAUCAAUAGAUCGAUAUUUAGUGUCCGUCAUAGAGCAGAGAGCAUGAUGGACAACCAAAGAGAGAUCAUUGUGAUUGGUUAUCAGGACAGAGGAAGUAUUAAAGUAUUGAUAAAUGUAUUUUCAUAGAAAGAAAUAUAAAUUAAACAGUUUGUAAAAAUCAAAACUGUGAAGACUUGAAAUAAAUUAGUUUUAUAAGGAAGUUCAUUAACGACAAAACAAACACGACGAGUUUCUGUACGGUGGCCUAAUGCUGCCACCGCAACAAAAAAUUUUUUUUUUUGUUAUGUUAUAACAAGAUCAUUUUCUUCAUCAUUAAUAAAAACCAAAAGACCACAGAAGAAGAGUUGCUUUUUAGAGUAUUUUGAUUAACCAAGAAUUCACCAAAAAUCCAUAGUCUAACAGUAGAGAGUCUGAAGCUCUCUGAUUGGAUAGUUCUUACAGCAAUGCACUCUGGGACUUGUAGUAGACUUCUCUCCUAAAGAUUUUUUUUAAUGUUUUUUUUUACUUUUUUGCAAUGAAGCUUUUUUUUAUUUUCAUCUUAUUUAUCUUAUUAAAGUUGAAACUGUUCAAUUUCAACAAAACAAUUGUAAUAAUCGAUUGAUCGUUUGAAUCGUGAGUUCUGUGGUUCCGGCUCAGUCUGCUGGUUUCCUCUCCGGUCUGUCGGUCGGACGACGACGAGACAUUUAAAGACGUCACCGUGGAUUCAGACAACUUUAAAUUUAGACUUUUACAUUUAGUUUGUUUUGGGUCAACAGUUUUGUUAUCAAUGAACUUCCAUAUAUGGAGUGAAAAUCAGCUGUUUAUCUUCUUUGUAGUUUUGGAUGUUUAGCUGAAUGUUAAAGUUUCCCUUCACAUCCUGUGAUGUUAUUAUUUUUAUACUCUGAGAUAAAAGAUAUUUAUGAGACGCUUCAUGUUGUUGUUGUGUUAAAGAAUCAUUCAGCUCCUCGUGUUAACUCGGUUAACUCGGUUAAAUGGUUAAAUGUGUUCCUCAGUUUGGUUGUUUGGACGGAGGACAGAGUGAGACCUCUUGUUAACGUGGUUCUCUGAUGAUCCACCAAUAAAACUUAGUAAAACUAUUA